AUGGUACAGCUUUUGGAGAGCGAAGACCGAUUCCUUCAGGCUCGCCCAGGCGCGGGGUUCAGCCUGGUUGCUCUCGCUGGGCGGCGGGGAAGGGCUGGUCCCGAAUCUUCCUCCAAGACGCCGGAUUGCCAAACACGUGUCAACAGUCUGAAGUACAUCCUGUCCAGGGAAGAGAAGACUCCGCUUUCUGCUCCAGGCCACUGGUCCACAUGGCCUGUGUUUGCAUCUGGGCAGGCUGUCCUGAAGAAUCACAAGCCUUGCUGCGCCCCGGAGGAGAGGCAGCCCAGCAAUCAGCGGGCCCUUCUCGCCAUUCCAAAGCCACGAUACUUGGAGCAACUGGAGUCCUACUUAAGGAGAGAGCUGCAGGCACUUGAUCUGACUAAAAAGAACUCUCAAGAACUGAAGUUACAGCCCUACAGAGAGAUCUUUGAAUUCUUCAUAGACAACUUCAAGACCUACAAGCCCUUGCUGUCAGCUGUAAAGAAUGAAGUUACCUUGGCUCAUCAGAAGACGACAAUUCGUGCCCUAGAGCCCCUGAAGGCUAUGGUCACAACUGUCUCCGAGGAGUGCACCCGGCAGAUACUGGCACUGCAGGAGAAGGAGAAAGAGGAGAUAAAUAUGUUAAAGCAAGAGAAACAGCGUUUGUUAAAGUUCAUUGACAACAUGAAGGAAGAAAAAAAUUCUCUUCAGACUCAGGUGGAACAUCUGCAGACAAGCGUGGCUGAGGAGUAUGCUCGCUAUCUCAAUGAGUACGGCGCCCGCAAACUGCUCCUGGCAAAACUGAAUGACACACAUAACGAACGGCUAGACAUGGCACAUCACCAAGGUAGAGAGAAAGAUGUCAAGGGUGAAGACGUGGUGAAGUUAACUCUGGCAUUAAAGAUCGCUCGGCAGGACCUCACAAAAGCCCAGGUGAAGCUGAACACAAUGAUAGCAGACUACGGAGAUGUUGUGCCCAGGAGAGAUUUUGAAUCGCUGGAGAAAAAGUACUCUGAAUUACUUCAGGAGAUGCAGACUCUGCGGAAGGAUUUCCAUCAGCUCCGCAAGGAGUACGAAACACUGCUGGAAAUCCACAGGGAGACGGCAGAAGAGCGGGACAACGUCUGCGCUGAGCUCCAGCGGGUUCAGCACAACUGCACGCCCCAGACGGACUGGGCAAAGUGUUCAGAGGUGGUUCCUGGUGGAGCUGAGCGGUGGGGCCGCCUGGCUGAGGGCAAGACCAGCGAUCAGCUAGUGGACGUGCUCCUGGAAGAAAUCGGGACAGGAGCGCUGAAAGAGAUCGAUGUCUUCCCCGGACGGGGCAAAGGUGAGGAGGUUCCCGUGUACCUGAGGCACGACGGUGAAGUCAGGAACAAAAAGCUGACCAAGAAGGAUGCGGUGAACAUCCUAAAGGAUGUUUGGAAGGAGAAAAUUGCACUAGAUCAGCAGACAGGGAAGCGAUCCAGCCUUCCCGAGUUCUUUCUCAGCUACCUGCAGAAGAAGUACGGGGACGCCGCUGCCGUGGAAUGGUCCUACAGCCUCCAUGAGAACAUGCGGCUCUGUCGAUCCAACCACGUCCUGAGCUCGUUCCACGCCAUACUCACCAGGAAGGUGGCUGAAGAACAAUACCACGGCCAGAAUUGCCUGAUUUCCAACCUGAGGAAGGAGCUGGCUGCCCGCAACGGCUCGGACAGCAGGGCCCUGACCAGCGCCCAGUUCAGCACGGCCCUGAGGGAAGCCUUCCCCCUGAAAAGGAAGGAGUCAGUCCAAGAACUACUCGACACUAGCAGCUACAAGCUGGACGGCACCGAAGACCUCAUCGACUACAUAUCCUUAUUCAAAGAAGACGAGGAGGGGAACACCGAGCCUUUCGUCGCAAAGCUGAGGAGCCAAGACAUCAGGGAGAAGCGGGAGUACCUGCAGCAGCUGAAGAACAAGCUGGGAGAUUCAACAGAGGUGAGCACAGAUGAGCUGAGGACUGCCUUCCGCACCGUCGAUCCCGACAUUGAUGAUUGGACGCUGGAUACCUACAUUGGCCUGGCUUGCCAGGUCCGAGGAGAGCAGCCAGACCAAGGAGCUGUCCUGGUGGAAACUGCACUGGAGAGAAUCCUCGCUGGAGAUGUGAAACAAGUAGGGCCCUCGCCCACGGAGGGAAGCACAACACACUCCGAUGGAGAGCAAGGAGACUUCCAGCAUUAA